AUGCGUUAUGCGAUCGUGGCAGGAGUCACACAUUUAGCAGAGAGGGGGAUCGUUCACCAAGUGGCGAGAAUUAUACUAUCGGACGAGAUUAAGGACGAUAACAUAUUCGAUUUAGCAAUUCUGAAGGUAGCAAAACCGUUUAUAUUCAAUAAGUUAGUAGCCCCUAUACCGCUGGAUAUGAACGGAACCGGAGGGGGUGUGACCUGCAUUGCCAGCGGUUGGGGUAUCACUCGUCAAAAUGGAUCGGUGAGUCACGAUUUGCUGUUCACCGAUGUGAAGACCAUUACCAAUGAGGAAUGUGUCAAGCUGCAACCGUACCCAAGUCGGCGCAUAUACAAGUCUCAUUUAUGUACCAGCACUGCACAAGGAAAGGGAGUUUGUGAGGGUGAUUCUGGAGGCCCUCUUGCCUGUGACGGUGUACUUUCCGGGCUUACUUCAUGGGGAUGGCCCUGCGCCCGCGGUCCUCCUGAUUGUUUUUUUAGGAUAUCGUUAUUCAUUGAGUAUAUAAAGUUUUACAUGGACCAGUGA